AUGCCUUCGCCCAAGUCGGGCUGCGACCUGCGGUACGCACCGGGCUGGGCCAUUCUCGACUCGGCCGAUCCAACUAAGGUCCUAGCCCGCUCGAACGCGCCGCUGCUCGUCUCGACCGAGGCGUGGGAGAAGGGCCGCACCGACGGCCACGGCUGA